UGGUUCCUGCAGAGGUUCCCACGGUAUGCGGGUGAAACCGCUGGCAGAGCUAGUAAAGGAUAUUUAAUAACUGCAAAUAAAAGACGGAGAGGAAGACAAUUCAAAGAUGGUAUUUUCGGUUAAGUCGUUUUCGAGUUUGUUUUUCAGCAACAUGUCGUACAAUAGAUGGAUAUAGAUGAUAUUAUGAUAAAUAAGGUUUUUGUCUAUCUGAACUUCUCAAGCCAAGUGUCGGUUGCUUAUUUAUGCUCUCUGCCAUAUGUUUUUUAAUUUGAUGGUAUUUCAAUGAAAAAUUUUUGUUUGCUCCAUCAUCAGUACAGUUUAUCUUUUAAUUAAAGGAACAUUUUGUAGGCCGCGAGUCCCACUUAACCGAUAACUUUUUUUUGCAUCGAAGUUAUAAAAAUAUCUAGUAUAAAUAUACGCACGAGCGUGUGAUAAUAUCAUAACGCGUUGAGACGUCAACAUGAUGAAGUACACGUGUGUCGCGCUGUUCUCCUGCUGUGUAUUGUUUGUUAUCGUUAAUUCAGAAUGUGGAAAAAACGAAGAGAUGGGAUGUGUGCACUCAUGUCCCCCUCAAAAGUCUUGCAGUGAUCGUGACAUACAAAUAGCUUGUCCGGAUGAAUAUACUGAAUGUGAAGACACUUGUGUUUGCAAGCCUGGAUUUAUUAGGAAUGAUAAUAAUAACUGUAUUACUGAGGAUCAGUGUGAUAAAUGUACCAAAGAGAAUGAAUUCUAUGACUGUGGCGAAUUGUGUGACAAUGUUUGUGCGACGUUGUCUGAGCGGAACAGAACCCACUGUGAUCUGUGGAUCUCCAGAUGUGUCCGCCAGUGUUACUGCAAGGAUGGCUACGCAAGAGACGAGAACAGAAAUUGUAUACCUGUAGGCAAAUGCCCUGAAACGCCAAAAUAUGAAUAAAAUAAUGCGUGUGUCCUUCUAAUUUUCUAUUGUAAUAAAUAUAAACAAAAAUGUAAAAAAAAGGUUCACAUAACCGUAAAAUGAACAGCCCAGCUGACACUUGUAUUUACUCCCAAGAUUGUUAGACAUGAUUCUAAGCUUGGAGUUUGAUUGUCGUUACCACUUCUUCUUCUUCCUCAUCCUGCCCUGUUCCCAAUUUUGUUCUGGAUCGGCGCAAUAUGUCACCCUCUUCCAUAUUUUCCUCACUCGUCAUAAUGACACUGGCUCCCUUCCUAUUCAUGUCAUCUUUCAAGAAAUUGUCGUUGCCACUCCUCUUUGUAUACUAUAAUUAAAUAUUAAUA